CACCCAAGUCAAUCAUCAUGGCCACCACAAAUGACUCAGCCUCAGCGCAGGCAGGUCCAUCCAAGCUAAAGGCAGACAAGCCUGCCGCAUCUUUCAAAGACCUGUCCAUCUCUCCACCCUUGCUUCGCGCCCUCUCCCAUCUUUCCAUCACCGUCCCUACGCCCAUCCAAUCCAAGACGAUCCCUACCAUCUUGUCAGGUAGCGACCUCAUUGGUGGCUCCCCGACGGGAACUGGUAAAACACUUUGCUUCGCUCUCCCUAUCCUCCACUCCCUACUCCGCGAUCCCGUCGGAGGUCACUCGGUCGUUCUGACCCCGACACGAGAGUUGGCCGUUCAACUGCACGAAGCUUUCCUUGCCCUGGCGCAGGGAGCCAAGAUGGGAAUCAAGUGUAGCUUGGUACUCGGUGGCAUGGACAUGAUGAAGCAGGCGACGGAGCUGGCAAGAGGACGACCGCAUGUCGUCGUUGCUACACCGGGAAGGCUAUGGGAUCUGCUUGUGAGCGGUGGAAAUCAAGAAUGGGGACUCGAGCGUUGCAAGUUCCUUGUCCUCGAUGAAGCCGAUAGGUUGCUCACCCCAACGUUUGCUGAAGCACUUGGAUCUAUCAUGGAGCAUUUGCCACCACCGGAGCGUAGACAGACUCUCCUCUUUUCGGCCACUCUCACCGAGGAAAUCGAGGCAUUGGCACAGAAGCGCCUGGGCGAGGCCGAGGCAGGCAAGGGAAGGAAGAUCAAGGUAGAAAGGAUAGAGAUGGAUUCCACCACGCCGGAGAAGCUGAGGCAAAGGUACAUCUUUGUACCUUCCCAUGUUAGGGAGGUGUACCUCUACCAUUUGUUGACACACCCGCCUACAGAUCCAAGGGCACAUAAGAGGCGAAGGAGGAACUCACUUAGCCUCAGCCCAGAGGAGAGCGAUGACGAGGAGGAUGAGGACAGGGGCGAAAUUGUGGCAGAUGAGCAGGACCAAGACGAGGACGAGACCUCUUCCUCUGGUUCUGCAUCAGGAGAGGACAGCGACGAGGAGGACGAUGAUGAUGCCUCAGUCGCGGACUCAGAAGACUCAACAGUCGACCUCAACUUUUCAGACGACGACGACGCCGAAACAGACUACGAGCGGCAUUACAUCUCACCAAGCGGACAUCGCCUCCUCCGCCAGCUUCCUAUCCCAACAAUCAUCUUCGUCUCCCGUUGUCGAACCGCAGAGCUGCUGUGCCGUUUGCUCCGGGAGAUGGCCAUCCCCUGUCUCUCUCUACACUCCCAGCUCUCUCAGCCUUUGAGGCUGGAAAACCUGCAGAAGUUCAGAGGAGCUCCCAACAAGUGGGUCUUGGUGGCUACGGAUGUCGCUUCGCGUGGACUGGACGUGCCCGAGGUAGGCAUGGUAGUCAACUACGAUCUGCCCGCCGCAUGGGAGGACUAUCUUCACCGAGUGGGUCGAACUGCUCGUGCCGGACGCUCAGGUUGGGCCGUGAGCUUCGUCGGGGAACGAGAUGUGGACGUGUUCCAAGGCAUUGAGGCGCGCCUGCGAGUCAAGGGCAAGAAAGAGGGCCAGUACAAGAUGAAAGAGCUACCCAUGCCUGAGGAGCGCGUACUGGAGAAGCUGAACAGAGUUGCGACUGCAAAGCGGGUCGCCGGGAUGGAGUUGGCCGAUGGUGGCUUCGGGGAGAGGGAGCAGCGCAACAAGGAGAAGGGAGAGAAGAGGCGAGGGAAGGCAGGUGAGGAUGGGGAGACGAAGAAGAGAAAGAAGAGGAAAGAGGCGGUUUAGAAGGCGCUGACAGUGACGGCGCUGAUGCGGGACGCAAAGCAUUUCCAAUACCCAGCAGUGUAUCAUUCGUUUCCUCGUUCGAGCGUGAAC